AUCAGCUGUGCAGAUGCUUCUGAAAGCUGAUUCUCUUCACUUUCAGCCCUUGCCUUACUCCCAGUGUGUGGAGCCUUGUCAGCCCGGAUACUUCAAGGUGGUCCAGGAGGGAAGACCAAGUUGCUGCUAUGACUGCCUUCCCUGUGCAGAAGGGAGCAUUUCCACUCAAAAAGAUGCACACCACUGCACCAGAUGCCCAGAAGAUCAGCAUGAGAACAAGAACCGAGAUCAAUGUAUCCCCAAAUCCAUCACCUUCUUGUCCUAUCAAGAGAAUUUGGGGAUCAUCCUUACUUCCUUUGCCCUAUUCCUAAUCUUAACCUCAAGCUUUGUCUUGGGUAUCUUCAGUAAAUACCGAGAAACUCCCAUCGUCAAGGCCAACAACCAGGAUGUCUCCUACAUCCUCCUGGUCUCCCUCCUGCUUUCUUUUUUCAGCUCCUUCCUCUUCAUUGGCCGGCCAAAGAGAGCCACCUGCCUUCUUCGACAAACAGUCUUCAGCAUCAUCUUCUCAGUCGCUGUCUCUUCUGUCUUGGCCAAAACGAUCACAGUGGUGCUGGCCUUCCUAGCCACCAAGCCAGGGAAGAGAGUGAGGAGAUGGCUGGGGAAAGGUUUGGCCAACUCCAUCAUCCUUUCCUGUUCCAGCAUCCAGGUUAUCCUUUCUUCCAUCUGGUUAGCAGUCUUUCCCCCAUUCCCUGAUUCUGACAUGCAUUCACAGCCUGGAGAGAUCAUUCUGCAGUGCAAUGAAGGCUCCACUCUCAUGUUUUAUAUUGCCCUCACCUACAUGGGCUUCCUGGCUUCCAUCUGCUUCAUGGUGGCUUUCCUGGCUAGGAACCUGCCUGGUGCCUUCAACGAAGCCAAGCUGAUCACCUUCAGCAUGCUGGUCUUCUGCAGUGUCUGGAUCUCCUUUGUGCCCACCUACCUGAGCACCAAAGGGAAGUACGUGGUGGCCGUGCAGGUCUUCUCCAUCUUGGCCUCCAGUGCUGGCCUGCUGGGCUGCAUCUUCAUCCCCAAAUGCUACAUUAUGUUGGUACGCCCUGACCUGAAUAGAAAGGAGCAGCUUGUUGUGAAGACAUAA